GCAUCGACAUCAUGAAGCCCCUCCUGCAGCCACCAGUCCAUAAACAACAUUUCGUCUAGCAACCAGACUUGAAUUCACGGGAGACCCGGCAGCAGCACCCAAUCAAUUAAGGAUAACACUGGCCCGAGAUUCCUCGUUGGAGCAGCGAUCUGCCUUCUUCUUAAUCGCCGGAAGAGAAAAAAAACCUUGAAUACAGAGGGGAGGCUGGAGGCAGUCGAGUAGCGCUAAGGCUAGCAGACGGGAACAUUAAGAAACCUCAGAACUAUGGCAAUGUCCCUAAUCCAAGCCUGCCGCAGUCUGGCUCUCUCAACAUGGCUGUUUUCCUUUUGUUUCGUGCAUUUGCUCUGCCUAGACUUCACGGUGGCCGAGAAAGAAGAAUGGUAUACAGCUUUUGUGAAUAUUACUUAUGUGGAUCCCGUGAAUUCAGAGAUCAGAACAGAGAAAACGGAGUGCGGUCGGUACGGGGAACACUCUUUGAAACAGGAUACUAAGGGGGUGGUGGUGAUGCCUUCAUCUACCCAAGACAGACUUGCUUGCGACCCCAACACUAAAUUUGCAGUCCCUGCCAAUGCCAAAAGCUGGGUAGCUCUUAUACCCAAAGGGAACUGUACCUACAAGGACAAAAUCCGCCAUGCUACCAGUCAAAAUGCGUCUGCAGUGGUCAUCUUUAAUGUGGGCUCCAGCAAUGUGAACGAGACUAUUACUAUGCCACAUGCAGGUACAGGAAACAUUGUGGCGAUCAUGAUUCCUGAACCCAAGGGAAGGGAGAUAAUGAUCCUGCUUGAGAAGAAUGUGACUGUAAUGAUGUACAUUAGCAUCGGGACUCGGAAUCUCCAGAAAUAUGUCAGCCGAACCUCUGUGGUUUUUGUGUCCAUCUCGUUCAUUGUGCUCAUGAUCAUCUCGCUAGCCUGGCUUGUCUUCUACUACAUCCAGAGGUUUAGAUAUGCCAAUGCACGAGACAGGAACCAGAGGCGACUUGGAGAUGCAGCAAAAAAAGCCAUCAGUAAACUUCAAGUCCGAACCAUUAGGAAGGGGGACAAGGAAACAGAACAACAUUAUGAUAACUGUGCAGUUUGCAUUGAAGGGUACAAACCAAAUGAUGUGGUCCGAAUUUUACCAUGUCGGCAUCUCUUCCAUAAGAACUGUGUAGAUCCAUGGCUUCAGGAUCAUCGCACAUGCCCAAUGUGCAAGAUGAACAUUCUCAAAGCAUUAGGAAUUCCACCAAAUGCAGACUGUGUUGACGAUAUCCCACCAGAUUAUGAGGGAUCGAUAGGGGGACCCCCAACGAAUCGGAUAACUGGGACCAGUGAGUUAACGGUCAACGAGAGCUCAGUGGUCCUGGAUCCAGCGAUCCGUGCUGUGGGGCUCCCACAGGUCUUCCAGGACAGCGGACCCACACCACAGGCUGGAGAGAUCAUCAUUACCACAAGCAGUGACCAGGAACCAGCGGUGAGCAGCGAUUCAGACACCUCGUUGAUUAUGGGUGUGGAAGUGGGGAUCUCGGACGUGGAGAUCUCCACUGACCAGGACAAUGAGGAGGUUAAGUCCUGAAAUGUCUCAGAUGAGAUCUGUGGUAUUCAGACCAGGCAAUUUCUACCAGAGAAUUACAAAAAUAAAAAUUAAAAAAUUAAAUAAAGCGCCACAGACUGCAAUGCACUGCAUUCGGUCAAGGAAAGCAAUAGCAACACCCUUCUAAACACAACCUCAUCAACACUGAGAUAUUGUUUCCACAAAUACAUUUUACAUAAUUUCAAUCAUAAUACUUCAACCGGCUGGCAAAUAUGAAACAGCGUACGUGUUAUUUAUGCUAUUUUUAUUUUUUGUGUUAUUCCUCACAUUGAGCCACUAGUUACUUCAUGAAGAUAUGUCUUUACAGCUUCCCCACCCUCUGGUUCGCUCCUAAGGGAUAUAAUCCUCAAAUUAAAAGAAUUGCUUCCCAGACAUCACUGCCAAAACAUUCCAGUGAGUUAACCGGACACUACAGUGUUUGUUUGGUUUUUUUAGUUUUCCAGGAUAAUGUUACCUAUGCGUACAUUGUCAAAAACAAGAACAUUGUUGCACAGAAAAUUCCAUAAAUUCGGACCAGUAUCAACUGAUAUCCCUCCCUCCCUCACCCUAGUAUAAACCUCAGAUAUUGGAUAUCAUAAAGCAUAUUGAUAGUGCAGAUUGUAUUUGAUCUCCUGGGAGAAGCAAGAAUUGCACUUCUUCAAGAGUUCUGUGGACUCGGUUCACUGUCUGAUCCCUAUUUUGGAGGAAAAAGAAGAUUGUGUCAACAGAGGGCAAAGUAGUUCUUCACAACAUUCAACUUUGGUUCUCAAGCACUGUACUGUACAGCAUGUGUGUGCAUAAGAUUACCCUCAUUUCAGGAUCUAAUCUAAGGCAUCUCUGGGACAUCUGCUUGAAAGAAAAAUGAUUCUGAGAAGGCAAUGCGGGAGAGAACCAAGCUGGAAAGAUUUUUUUUUUUGAGUGAUUUUCCAUACAAGGACACAACACUCAAAUCCCAAACUGUAUUCAAUGAUAAUGCACAGUUUUGCUGAGCUUUACUGACAGUGGACUACAUGCCUGCCUGGUACAGCUGACCCAGCCAUGCUUUGCCUUUGUAGGAACGUCCAUUUGCCACCACGCAAUAACAUUAGGCGGACACAUAUUCCCUCAGCGCUGUUGUGGAAGAAGGCAUUUGCUAAACAUGCUGGCUGCAAAAUGAUAUAUAACCCUACAUUUCCAAAAACUAAAAAACACUUUUUUUUUUUUUUUAUAGCAUAUCGUGUUAUGUUUUGUACUGGCGAUAUCAGGACAGAUGUAAAAGCCAAAUUAAAUGAGGUCCCUGGUUAAGGGAUUAUCCCAGUCCACUGUUAGAUUGGACUCCCUCAUGCCCACUCUGAUUUCAUCAGCACUCAAAGAAAGCCAUCGAAACUCAAGUGGAUCAUAAGUACUGACAGGCUGUAUGGUCCAUUGGGCCUCUCCAUAUUUUAAUGGACUUUAACAAAGGGAGUAUUGUUUAGCUUACAAUCAUCUGGCUCUGCAGUAUCACUCAUCUUACACUCUUCCAGGGAGGAAACGGACUAGAUGCGACAUGGAUCCCAUUUUCAGGCCUGGCAUAAGAAUUGAUUCGAGAGAGCUUAGGCUCCCAGUAUUGGAUCCUGGCGUUGUCUGGUUAGAAAUUCAGUUCUGAUCACCAAUUGCUUACAUUUACCAAAUUGAUGGUCGUACUUUUUUUAUAAUGAUGUUUCAACUGGGGCAGAAAAGACAACAGUUGAGAUUCCUUGUAAGAACCAUUUCAUUAGUUAUAGGGGAGGUUCAUCCAUAAUAAUCUAGCAGGGCCCAGCACUGAAUGUCAGUUGGUUUCAAUUUCAGCAGUCAGUGUAUUGGGCCCAGAGCACUUCUUGGAUAGAAUGGAAAAUGUUAUAUCAAAUACAGUAUGGCACUUGUUUCAAGAGCACAUUUUUAUUUCUGGACUGGUAGAAACUGUCAGGUUUCUUUUGUAUUGUACAUCACGCAAAAAAACCCCGAAAAAAGGUAUUUGAUUACAUUUAUUUUGUUAAGUUAUACAUUUAUUUUUCUAAACGAGAGAAGAUAAAUCUUGUAUACAUAAUUAAAGUGUAAUUUGGUACAUUGAGUAAUUAUUGAAUGUACAUAUCACCUUUUAAAAUGAAUGAAAAAACUGCAUUUUAUUUCACUCUCUUUGUGUGUGUGUGCCAUCGUCGAAGAUGCAGCUUAAUGUUGAGGAACCCAGAGCAAUCAGUCGGUAUACAGGAACUAAAAGAGCAUAAUUGAGAAUCAAUUUCUUAAAUGUUACAGGGGCAGCAUAAAAUAACACAUUUAAAAGUAAAAUUGUACUUCAUCAUUACACUGAUGAAGGCACUAGCCAAAUAUUGUUAACUUAACAUUCUUUUAUGAUUUACCUUUAUCUUGUAAGAAUGCACAUUUAUGAUUUGCUACCCCAAUUCGACAAGUGCUUUAAAGAUGGUCCUCUCUUGUGCUUACCACUGAUCUAACAGAUAUCCAGUGAGAGACUGGAACAACUUUACUGCUAAAAAUAGGGCUGUGCUGGUUUGAUUAUGUGACACAUAAAAAAAAAAAAAAAGUCGACAGACAAUUGAAAUGGAACUUUUUGCAUUUUAUACUGUAUUUGUACUGUACUGUAAGUUUAUACAAAGUCAUCACAAGAGCAUUGCUGGCUGUAAACAGUGCAGUGAGGCUCUGGAGAGAACCUCUACACAGAAAUAUAAGUAUGAAUGAAAUGCAGCACUCUGAUUAAAUGUGAUGGUGAUAUAUAUAUAUAUUCAAUAUUGCACCCCCCAAGAGUUUAAUAACAGAACAGUCAAAUAUUUAAAAUGUGCCUAUCGUGUGGUGCGCAGGCCUGUUGUGUUAAAGUCAUCGUAGCCUCUAAACUGUAUUUAACGUGCCCUGUUUGGCACCAAUGUACUGCAAUACACUCCUGAAGCAAAAUCACUGGCCAAUCCCAUCACCCCCAAUGUGGAAUAAAAGUAUUGCAACAAAAAAAUAAAUAAAUAAAUAACCUGCCAAAUAUAUGUGCAAUGUGGAAAAAACAAACCAAAGCUUACACAGGGUUUAAUAUUCAUUUUUAUGUUGGCUUUAAAUAUCUUUAAUUUGUUGUUUAUUAUUAUUGUAUCUUAGAUACUGUAAGGCUUUGUACAAAGUGUUCAAGGUAGUAUUACACAGCUGUGCCUGUGGUUGUGUUACAUGAGGACACAGCAAACAUAUGUGCGGAAGAUGCAGGUCAUCCCAUCAUAAACAGUUCUACUACUGGAAUUGGGAGCAGUUCACAACAAAGUCGCCUGUAGAGUAGAUCUGGCAUUGUCUCACAGUUCCGUGUUCUGUAUGCUGUUAAGCAGCCUCCAGUUAAGUAAUAACCUGAUUGCAUUAAACCAGUUCUGAUACUGUAAUGACUGUGGACCUGCGCAUCUGCAAAGGAUUCCAUAGUUCCACUCUCCACUUGAUUCAGGGAUAUUCAUUGACUCACCCAUAGCUAAUGUUUUACUAAAGAUCAUUCAUGUACUGCAGGAGCAGCUAUAGAAAGGGGUGCUAAAAAGGCCUGAUUGUUGAACUGUGUAAGUGGCAUGAAGAUGCAUCCUGUAGAUUUCAGAUGGACAUUUGCACUUUGUAUUAGCCUAUACCAAGUUAAAUUGACAAUAAAUACCAUAAUUGAAUACAAGGUAUAUUGAUUCCACUUAACACUUGGAAGCAUCUGAACCACUACCAUCAGGUAAUGAGGCAGAGACUUAUUGAUUCAAACAGCAGCCUACCAGUAUCAGUACUUAUACAGAUCGUAACUGUUCGUUUUUUUUAAAUAAAUAAACAGAAUAGACUUUGUCGCAAUCGGUUGAUUUCUUUGUCCAAUUUUUCCACUAUUAAUUAACCCUCUAUGAUGUACCGUUUUAUUUCCUGUGUCGGAUGCGACCAGAUAUUUUGUUAUUUUUUGUAUUGAUUUAAAAUGAGUAAAAACGCCAAUUGUCACACCAACUGUUCACUCAUGGGCAUGCCAUUUCAUUGUGAUACUAUUAUUCCGUUCAACCAAACAUUUUGUCUCCACCUGAUAAUGACUCUUGAAUGUUCUGUAGCAGUUAGACUGGAGGUGUGCACUGCUGUCCACAUUUCGCUCGGUCAGUCAGUUAGAGUUUGCUAGUUCAUACUUCCAUGAGUUCAAAAUGUGACUGUUGUCAACAAGAGAAACUCAAGCUUCUUUUUGCUACAUAGGUCUCACGUGUGCAGUUUUGAAAUAAAACACACAUUUAUAACAGUCACAAUUUGAAAAAUCAAAAUGCUGAAAUUUAUUUUUCUUAUGAUCUCUCAGUGCCUACCCCCUUUACAGUUCCAAUCGGUAUUAUUUUUCAUGAAUUAAAUGGCUUUUUUAAAUAAGUUUUUUAUAUGGCUGAUAAAAUGUAUUGUGUUCAUUCUUAUGUUCAUUCAAUAUGUUUGCAGUUCUGUUCUACCAACAUAUACCUGAAUUCACAUGAAAAGCAUGUAACAGCAGUUUACUGUAAUCAGUUGACAAUUCUGUAACUUUAAAGUCCUGUAUGCACGUAAAUAGCAAACAGUGGUGAAAGCCUAAACCUAGUACCAGAUUAAAUCAAUGUAUUUUAUAAGUGUUAUAUGUAAAUUGUGGUUUAGGUUACUAAGGGCCAUCUGUGUUUAUUCUCCAGGCACACUUACCCCGGCCUUGCUUCACUCUUAUAAUAACCACCCUUGAGUGAUAUAAAAACAAAAUGCAUAGCUUCUUAUUUUUAUCUAAAUGCAAAGAUAUUCUAGUUUUGUGAACAUUUCUAGCCAAGUGGCAAAAGUAUUACAUGGUGAUGUUUCCUUUUGUAUACUUUCACAUUCAAUAAUUUAGCAUUGUGCCAGCUGCUAAAAAAUCUGUGCUUAACUAACACACUUGUGAAUUUGUAAAGUAAAAACUAUUCUUCUUGUAAUUAUUUUUAUGUACAGUAUUCUGCGUUUCAGCUGGGGUUUUUUUUUUUUUACUGGAUGUAUAUAGCUUCCAAUAAUGCACUUUAAAAAAACAAACAAAUGGGCAUCAGAGAAUGUUACUUUGUUUCAAAGGGAGAUGUCUAGAAGUAAACAAGCUACAUUAUUGUAUUUUGCUUUACAGUAGAUGCUAAGAACUAAAACUGUCAAAAAAGGGGGACGGGGAUAGUGAUACUAAAAUGUGGAAAACACUAUCCAUCGGAAUAAUGUUUUAGUAUAUAGAAGAUACUGUAAAUAUGUGCAGCUGUGUUGAAAUAAUGCUCUAGUAAGAUGUUGCAACUGUAAAACAUUGUGAGUUCUAAUAAAUUUUAUUGCAAGAUUUCCAUA